AUGAUGUCAGCCCCUGCAUAUGAAGAUGUACCUCCUUGCUAUGAGACUCUAAUGAGCAGCACUCCAUCCUCUGUCCCAGUGUCCAAUGUGCCUGUGGCGUCUUUCUUUCAGAAUGUCAGUCCUCCGUCCAACGUCUACUAUGUCCCUCCUACAACCCAGACAUGGAGUGGACCCACUGUGGCACCACAAUGGCAUCUGUCCGCCAUCGUACCACAAAAUAUGGACCCAUCUUUACCAUUUUUCCAAACAUUUCUGAAGGGUAAACCAAAGGCUCUGGGAAUUGUGGUCCUUGUGGCAGCCAUCCUGGAGAUUGGCCUCGGCAUUGUGUUGGCCAUCACCCACUUAGCUAUCACGCUUAUAAGUGGAACUCCUUUUUGGGGACCUGUGUUUUACAUCAUUGCCGGAUCUCUGACAGUUGCAGCUCAGAAAAAACCCAAUAUCUGCUUGAUCAAAGGCUCUCUGUCCCUGAACAUCAUUAGCUCCAUUUUCAGCAUGGUAGCUGUGAUCUUAAACAUCAUCGAUUUCUUAACCAAUCAGUGCUACAGCAGUUACAGUUACAAUUACUAUGGUGGGGUUUAUUAUGACUAUGACGCUCAGAGGAGAUGCCAACAGCAACUUAAUGGUAGUUAUGCUGUUCUUUCUCUCUACUACUUCUGAUAAAUUUGCUGCUCUUCUGUGUCACCGUUUCCACCUCUAUUUUUGAAUGUCGGUCUCUCUCAAAAGUACAAACUGUCACCCAGGUGUACGUGUUACAGAGUGAUGUCGUCCUUGCCAUGAAUCCUGGUGCAGUUCCCAUUCCUGUAACUACCACUCAACUACAACCACCACCGCCGCCACCAGUAUAUCCAGUCAAAAGUUAA